AUGUAUUUUUCCAACCAGUAUCCCUUCCCUGGUGGGCCGUCGGCCCAUCAGGAUUCAUAUGUGUCGGUGGCCCCGACAUCGAUGCCGACCACGGCUACUCAAUCCACGACUUCGGAGGACUACAAUGAAUCUUCGAUUAAUUCCCCAAGCCCUCUGUCACCCAAAUCGCCCGAAAUGCUUGGGCUGGAUGCCGCAACUGAACUCUAUGACAGUAUGGACGAUAAUUUCCCUGCGUAUCAUUACGGCCAGCCUCAGGCUGGCCCUUUCCCUUCCAUUGCCGGAUCUGUCGUCCACGCGCAUUCGCCAUCCAUGCCUGUCUCCAUGGGACCUAGAAAUGGAAUCUUUAUGGAUGGUAACCUGCCAAUGAUGGGCGACAUGAUGGGCAUGGGACGCAGAUCAGAGUCAGAUGAGCCAAAUCACGGGCGAGGGACCAGCGACGAGGAUGUGCAGACCAAGAGGAAGGCCCAGAACCGAGCAGCCCAGCGUGCAUUCAGAGAGAGGAAGGAGAAACACGUCAAAGAUCUAGAAGCGUCGCUCGAGCGUCUCAAAACUUCGCAAGAGAAGGCGUCGGAGGAGAACGAGAGGCUGCGCAAAGACCUCCAGAAGAUGACGACGGAGAACCAGAUCCUCAAGGCGAGAAGCACCAACCGGCGGAGCGUUGACAGCUCCGCCGACUCGCUCGUUACAGGCCCGCCCAUGAAUUUCAGCCAGAGUUCCUCGUCCAGCAACGUCUUGCCAGGACACAAGGACAAAUCCGGCUCCCACCGGGCCGCAGAGCCUAAAGGCCAGAGUUUGUAUGCUGCUGGUGCUGCUUGGGAUUAUAUUGUCGCACAUGGCUUGUUCAAGCGUGGACUCAUCGAUAUCACGAGCGUGAGCCGGUAUCUGCAACAGCGCGCGACAAGUGAUGGCCACGGCCCCAUGUUCUCAGAGCAGGAAAUUCUCGACGCCAUACACCGAAGCCUUGCUGACGGCUCAGAUAAUCUCUGA